AUGCAUACGCCGCUUCUUCUCGCGGGCCUGCUUCUCGCCUUGGCAGCAGCUACGCCAAACACGAGCCAGCAGAAACGUCAAGAAGCUUGCUCUGCCGUCCACAUUUUCUUGGCCCGUGGCAACAAUGAGCCCUACCCAGGCCGCCAGGGUGUGUUGGUUGAUGCCAUCUGCGAAGGUUUAGAGAGUUGUGACUACGAGGGCGUCAUGUUCAACAACGCCCUAGAAACCAAUUACUGCACCGCCGUCGCGGAGGGCGCCGUCAAUGGCGUGGCCCAAAUGGAGGACUACUACCAGCGGUGCCCAGACACCAAGCUGGUGCUGAGUGGCUACUCGCAGGGUGCGCAAGUUGUCGGGGAUAUCAUUGGCGGUGGAGGCGGCAGCUUUUUCGACGGCUGCGUUCAGCCCGAGAGUGCUGGCCUCGACCCAUAUAGCGGUGCCGGGACCAUGCUCACCGCCGCUCUCACCUUUGGCGACGUCCGCCACACGGCCAACCAGCCCUUCAACACCUUAGGAGGCGCAAGCAGGAACAGCGGCUUUCCUCGAAGCGGCACCCAGCUUGCGAACCUAAACAGGUUCGCAGACGUGAUCCAGGACUAUUGCGCUGACGACGACAUUGUGUGCGCGUCAGGUGAUAGUGUCGCGGACCAUCUUAACUACUUCGAUGUCUACACCCAGCAAGCGGCCGACUGGGUCAAGAUGAAGCUCGGCGACGUGAGCACAGAGCCCACGACAAGCUCAUCGGUGCCCGUCGAGACGAGUACCCCCGUUCCUAGCAUGGGUGCUACGUCGACCUUAUCCACUACAGUCACAGUAUCCUCCAGUAGCAUUGCUACGACCACAGGGGCUACGACCGCGAAUACGACCACCACGGAGGCUACCACAACGGAGACUACCACCACGGAGGCUACCACCACGGCGGCUACCACCACGGCGGCUACCACCACGGACGCUACCACCACUGAGACCACGACCACUGAGACCACGACCACUCAGACUUACGUAGUGUACCCGACCACAGCGGAGACUACGUCCGCUCCUGUCACCAACUCCUACUCCAUCACCGUGAGCCAGCCAACAGUGAGCGGAACCGAGACUUCCUACUCCGUCACGACCAUUCCCUGCCCUUCGGUGCCGGUUAUUCCCCCGGUCUCGGCUCCCGGUGUCGCCUACACGAUCAUCACAGCCAACAGCUCCUUGCCGGUGUUCAGCGGGGGAUCUUCCUACACGUCGACCUACACCAGUGGGCCUACUGUGAGCGCUACUGCGACUCCGACGUCUACUCCUAUCACUGCUGGUGCUGUCUCUGUAGGUGCUCACUUCGGUAUCGCUUUCUUCGCCGCGGCCGGGGCCGUGCUGAUAGCUUGA